GUGCAGCACUUGCUCAGGGAAUUCCCAAGCGAGAGCGCUACCAUUUCCUCUUGGGUUUCACCCUCGACAUGGAGUGGAGAACAGUAGCGCUGGCAGUGUUGAUAGUGAGUUUAUGUUUUCUCGCGAUACCGAUCAGAGUGGAUCCUGAUACUAAUAACGAGGACAUCAAACUCUUUAAGAAUUAUGUCUCGCGUUAUAAUAAAACUUAUAGAAACAAUCCGACGGAAUAUGAGGAUAGAUUUCAGCGAUUUCAGAGAUCGUUGCGGCACAUAGAAAAAAUGAACGGCCUUCGAUCGUCACCGGAGAGCGCGUAUUACGGUCUCACCGAAUACUCGGAUAUGACGGAGGAUGAAUUCCGGACGCAAACUCUUUUAUCCGAUUUACCCGUCAGAGGCGGGAAACACGUGACUGCAUCCUAUCACCGGAUGCACCAUUCGCGACAUUCGGAUAAUCGGGUGAGAAGAGCGACCGGUUUACCCUUAAGAUUCGAUUGGAGGGACAAAGGGGUAAUUUCUCCUGUCCGAAGUCAGGGAACAUGCGGAGCUUGUUGGGCCUUCAGCACCGUCGAAGUCGCCGAAUCGAUGUUUGCCAUUAAAAAUGGCACUCUGUAUCCGUUAAGCGUGCAAGAAAUGAUCGAUUGCGCUAAAAACAGUAACUUCGGAUGCGAAGGAGGGGACAUAUGCAGUCUUCUCUCGUGGUUGUUGGUGUCGAAGGUUCAAAUAUUUCAAGAGCCCACUUACCCGUUAACACGGAAGACGGACAGUUGUAAGCUCGAAAAAGCACAGGGUAAAUCUGGCGUUAGGGUAAAGGAUUUCACGUGCGAUAGUUUCGUAGAUGCGGAGGAUGAGCUACUAACGACACUGGCUACUCAUGGCCCGGUUGCGGCCGCGGUGAACGCUUUGUCUUGGCAAAAUUAUUUAGGUGGAGUUAUACAGUAUCACUGCGACGGUUCCUUUGAUAACUUGAAUCAUGCAGUGCAGAUAAUAGGAUACGACAAGUCCGGCAACAUACCGCAUUAUAUUAUUAAAAAUUCAUGGGGUACAAGCUUCGGGGACAAAGGCUUCAUGUACAUAGCCAUAGGAAAUAAUUUAUGCGGUAUAGCGAAUCAGGUCUCGUCGUUGGACGUUCUUUAAGAUGAUUUAUAAAAUAAAAUAUUUAUAUUAAUCCUA